CCAGAAGCCAUGGAGUUCUUUAAAAACGACACUCAACCAGAUAGUCAGAAGAUUAAAUCAGCGAAAGAUGCUGAAUUCCUAAUUGGGGAUAACCUCCUGAAAUGGCUUUGCUUUUCAAGAGUAGGAAUGGUGACAUGUUGCCAAAAAACGAGACAACACGCCUCAAAGGAAGAAUCACACAUACAUGACCCAAUGGAAGAUGUCAAGCCAUUUCGAUUUUGUGUUUAUUCAAAUGAUAGAUCGAGUGCUAGUGAAUUAUGGGAAACAUGUGAAAAUCCAAUGUUAACAGCUCUGAUAUCUAGUUGCUAUCUUAAGGCUAUGGCUAAGGUUGCAGAAAAAUGGUUUGAGGACUCACUUCAACGCAAUUUAGAAGAUCAUGCUAAGCUAUUUGCAAACAGAGCUGUACAACUUCUUGAUAAGCUGUUUCAACAUGACGAAGAAAUGGCUACUAACGCACUGGAUCAUGCUUCUGUAGUUUGGGAAUACAUUGAAAGCCCUCUUCAUUUUGGGCAUCAAUUUGGUAUGGAAGAUUUCAUAUCUCAUACGUCUACACAGAAAGAUGCAAACAAACGUCUAUAUUCCUAUAUAAAUAAUAGAUCAUCUUACUACAUUGUUAAUGAGAAGAACGAAAACGACAUUGAAAAUAAUAGCCCACAACCUGAGUGCCCAGAUUUUAUAAAGCACCAUCAUAAACAAAGCCAAUGGUAUAAAUAUUUAACAGCACCAGUUAGCAGAAUGUUGAUUAAUGUGGCAUUGUAUAUUACAGUUCUUGUUAUGUUCGUGAUCUUCCUUACGACUGACAUGCACUAUAAUUCGAUAUCUGUAUUGGAAUGGGUAGUCUCUAUCUGGAUAAUUGGUGACUUUUUUGAAGAAUGUUUUAUUUCGGCAACUGAUGGAUUUAUUGUAUUACCUGGUCAUUCUGAUGAUUUUGAUAUUAGCUGCUGGUACAGUUUAUCAUGCAAACAUUUAUCCAAAUCACGAUGUCAAACCAUUUCCAAGUGGAAUUCAGAACUGGCGAAUUUGGACAAUUCUCAAGACACCGUAUUGGCAGGUUUACGGCGAGCCGUUCUUAGAUUUACUAGAAGGUCUGUAAACUAA